CUCCCCCGCCGGCGAGGCCCGGCCCAUGGCAAAGCGCUCGGCCGGUGGCUUGGCGGCUCAGGGCCGGCCGCUUCCUGCCCGUCGGUAGCGGCGGGCGAAGUUCGGCCGCGCCAUGCGGGACUACGAGGAGGUGACCGCCUUCCUGGGCGAGUGGGGCCGCUUCCAGCGCCUCGUCUUCUUCCUGCUCAGCGCCAGCAUCGUCCCCAACGGCUUCAACGGGCUCUCCAUCGUCUUCCUGGCCGGUACCCCAGAACACCACUGCGCUGUGCCGCCCGGAGCCAACCUGAGCGACGAGUGGCGGAACGCCAGCAUCCCGCUGGAGCUGCGCGGCGGACUGACGGAGCCGAGCCGCUGCCGCCGCUACCGCCUGGACGCGCUCGUCAACCUGUCGGCGCUGGGGCUGCGGCCCGGCAUCGACGUGCAGCUGGCGGAGCUGGAGCAGGAGCCGUGCCUGGACGGCUGGGAGUACAGCCGCGACGUGUACCGCUCCACCAUCGUCACCGAGUGGAAUCUGGUGUGUGACAAUGACUGGAAGGGGCCCAUGAGCACCUCCCUGUUUUUUGUGGGCGUGCUGCUCGGAUCGUUCAUAUCAGGACAGCUCUCAGACAAGUUUGGCAGGAAGAAUGUGCUGUUCGCAACUCUGGCAAUGCAGACCAUCUUCAGCUUCGUUCAGAUCUUCUCUACCAGCUGGGAGAUGUUUUCCGUGUUCUUUUUGCUGGUUGGCAUGGGGCAGAUCUCCAACUAUGUGGCAGCGUUUGUUCUUGGCACAGAAAUUCUUGGCAAAUCCAUUCGUCUGCUAUUCUGCACGUUGGGGGUUUGCAUCUUCUAUGCCUUUGGCUACAUGUUGCUGCCACUGUUUGCCUAUUUCAUCAGAGACUGGAGGAUGCUGCUGCUGGCGCUUACUUUACCUGGGCUGCUCUUCAUCCCACUGUGGUGGUUCAUUCCAGAAUCUCCACGAUGGCUGAUCUCUCGGGGCAGAUUUCAAGAAGCAGAAGACAUCAUCCGAAAGGCUGCAAAAAUUAAUGAGGUUACAGCCCCAGAUGUAAUCUUUGACCCUAGUGAGCUGCAAGAUUUGAGUUCCCAGGAGCGACAGACGUACACCAUUUUGGAUCUCGUUAGAACACGAAAUAUCCUCACUAUCACGAUUAUGUCAGUGAUUCUGUGGAUGAUAAUCUCCGUUGGUUAUUUUGGACUUUCUCUCGACACACCCAACUUGCACGGCGACGUCUAUGUGAACUGCUUCCUCUCAGCAGUGAUUGAGGUCCCAGCCUACAUCAUCUCCUGGCUGCUGCUUCGAAACCUCCCCCGACGGUAUUCAAUGGCUGCUGCGUUAUUCUUGGGAGGCUGUGUUCUUCUCUUCAUUCAGCUGGUGCCUUCACAUAUUCGUGCCCUAUCUAUUCUCCUGGUGAUGUUAGGGAAGUUUGGGAUCACAUCUGCCUUUGCAAUAGUUUAUGUUUACACGGCUGAGCUCUACCCAACGGUAGUCAGAAACAUGGGAGUUGGAGCAAGUUCCAUGGCCUCAAGGCUUGGCAGCAUCCUCUCACCUUACUUUGCUUAUCUUGGUGCCUACGAUAGAUUCCUGCCUUACAUCCUGAUGGGGAGCCUGACUGUGCUAUCAGGAAUUCUGACUCUGUUCCUGCCAGAAAGCUAUGGAAUGCCUCUUCCUGACACGAUUGAGCAAAUGCUGCUGGUAAAAGGACUAGAAUACAGGCCUGCAUCUAGUGCCAAAAGGAAUUCAAAGGAUGAAGAAGAAAACCCAGAGAUUUUUAAGAGCACAUCUUUUUAAUGAAAUGCCUACUUCCUGAUGGACUGAAAGUUAAAUGGAUUUGCUCCUAAUGCUCAUUCUAGAAAGGGCUAGUGGCAACACUUCUUCCUGCAAUUUUAACCUUAUUUAUUAAUUUAAACACUGUGUUCCAUACAUUCUCUUUUUGUAUGACCACAAAUACUGUGUAGCCUUCACUGAUUUUUCAGCCAGUUGUUUUAAUGUGUUUUAAUCCUUUAACCAAGGAACAGUAUCUGAUCAGACCUUUGGAAGUAAGUGUGUAGGUGAGCUGAACAGUACCUGGAAGUGAGUUCAAGGGCUGGCAGAGCACCUGGACUCCACAGCCAGUCUUCUUCAGAGCUGAUGCCCAUCAAGAAUUUAGAAACACUAGAAGAAGCUGCUAAUUACUUUUGAUUUCUUGACUUCUGUCUUUGGACAGGAAACUUAUUUAUUAGAGUGCAGGUCAUGCAAACAUGCCACUGUGAUCUUGUGUGAAUUUGCAUGUGCUGAGUUUGCUAGCAGGUUCAGAAAGGUGCAAAGAAAGAUUUUCUUGAGAAUGAAUUCUAACUUGGUGUGCUGUGUGUAGGCUGAAAGGAUGGUCUUGCACAGAACACAGCACUGAGGUUCUGCUGACAGAGUCCUUUCGAAUCCAAUGCUGGAUUUCAGCUACAACUUUUUGGUGACGUUGUUUACAUCUGACACUGGAACGUGGCCCACGUUGAGGCUGUGUUUAUUUAGAAUGAUGCAGAAGGUUUUAUGUGUGUGUGUGUGGAGAGGGUGACUGCUGAAAAUGUUGGUGACUGCUGAAAAUGUUGGUGACUGCUGAAAAUUGUCUUUCUGAAUUGUUUGGGUUUUCAAAUCAUAGUCUGUGCGAUGCGGUUGGCAAAAAGCAGUUCUGCUGUCUUAGUUUCUGACCUUUCUGCACACACACACACACACACACACACACACACACACACACACACACUAUCAAUAAUCCAUGCCACUGCCUUGACCUCGUGGUGAGAAUUCCCGAGAUCAACGCUUACAGUGCACUUAUGACCACUGGAUUUUGAUUCUUGGCUGCCAACUGUUGGCCUGCUGCGAGGUCUCUUAUUUCCCUUCACUCCUGUUAAUUGUUCAUGUGAGUUGUGUUAGGAUUAUUAUUAUUUUUUCUUAAAUCAUGUUGAAAAUCUGCUGACUGUUCCUUGGAUCACAGCAGCACCCUUGGCAUCGCCUGUGUCUGUUUAAAGGUGUGCAUACACGUGGUCUCCUUUGUGCCAUCCUGAUCUCACACUGCAUUACAGAUGUACGUGGUGAAAGCAUUCAUCCUGUGGCACUUGUUUGUCUGUUGUCCUGUCUUGCAGAGGCUGAAUGAGCAGAACCCCAGUUGCUCUGCUCAGGGCUGCUGGGGCCUUGCUGGCUGCUGGCUCUGGGGUGUUGUGCAGCUCUGUGCCAACGUCAGCUGCUCCAAGGCUUUUGUUAACCAAAGCCCUGUACCCUGUCCUCACCAGCCAUGCUUGCUUAAGCUGGAGGGUUUCACUGCUUUCUCUGCUUCUUCUCACCUUUGUGCUCGGUGCUCUGUCUGGCUGAUGGUAGCAGGCCCAGAUGACACGGGGAAACUCACUGCUGUCACUGUCAGCUCCUCUGGGAAGAGAAAUCCCAAAGCUUUGGCAGGUUCCAUGUCACUUCUGGUUGAGAGAAGGCCAUUGGCUGAUGGGUUUAAAACGCACCGUGUGCUUUGAAAGUGGAGCAUAAGUUGAGGAUCUGAAUUUUGCAAGCUUCACUGCACAUCGUGUGAUAGCCUUGAUGUGUGCAAGUAAACAUCAGGAAAGUGCAUGAAAGCAGGCAGGCUGCUGUGUGGUGGUGGGAACGUGUCCUCACCCCACAUCCGUGAUUCUUUUUGUUGUGUACCCCACCUUUUGCAGAAUACUCAUUGCAAUUGUAAGAAUAUGCUCUAAAAGUCAGCACAGAUCAUUUUCUCUGCAUGCCACGUCUCUAUUAGGCUUAUAGGAACUGGAACAUUGAGAAGCAGCUUUUUUGUGCUGCAGAAGAAGCCUCGCCACAGGAAUUUGAGGCAGAACAUUCAGCUGCAACUUCCUCGUCAUGAAUUUGCCAAUGUAAACAGCCCUGCCCCACAAAUCUUUUCCUGUAAACUGUUUGAGAAGAUAGCCUGAGAUGUGAGAUACGUGAUGUGUCGUGGAAAUUCCUGCUGCAGCUCAUCCAAUGUCUCGUUUAGCUGUUAUCUUUCAUCUGCUAUUUCACACAGGUUCUGUGCCUCGACAGCAGGCUUUUGUUCUUGAUUCUAAUGUUUAUUAAGUGCUUGUUUGGGAUUUUUAAUAUGAUUAAAUUGGGGGAAUUUCCUGGUUGUGACUAAUCCUACUACAGCAACAACCUCUGUGUCACAAGUUAUAUUUUCUUCCUUGCUAAUCUCCUUAAAAUCUAAAAGCGAGUCAGAAGCAAUCUAUCUAAUAUGGCAUCCUGUGUUCCUUUGUUUACUUUCCUCUCCUGCCCUAAUCCUUGAGCUUAUCUCUGCAACAGGGAACUUGUUUUGAUGUGAAGUCAGAAUCCAGCUGCUAAAUAUUUCCAAAAGAACCCCAGGGGAUGUUUUAAUAACAUCAGCAGGCAGGGGUUUUGAUCCGGGCAAGCAGGAUAUGAGGGUGGAGGGUCUGACCCAGCUGUAAGGGCGAUGGCAGUGCUGGCAGCAGGUCAGAUCUGCACCAAACGGGCUGUGGGUGCCUUCUGUGUCAAAUGGGGGAGUUCAGUGCUAGGGUCAGGUUGUGCCUGGUUCAUGAAGGUGCUGCUCAGUAGUGCAGAAUCUGUUCUGCUGCCCCUCGUGGAAGGCCUUGUUUCGCUGAGAGCUGUCCUGUUAGCCUCAAAAAAGUGAGGAGUGAGGGGUUGGGCAGAAUUUGCCUAUGAAGGAGGUAAAACCAGGAGCGUGGUCACUGUGCAGGAGGGUAAUACAGAGUUUGGCUUUCAGGUGAGCUGUAACCUGUGAAAUGCAGGAGGGCUGUGAUGCCCUUAUCGUGCAUUACAACCACUGAGAUCUCUGGUCAGGGAGCAUUGCUGCACACUGCAGGAUCUCUGGUGAGGAAAACAGCAUUAAGGCCUUGGCUUGGAAACUGGGUUCCCUUCAUUCCCAGCUCUUUGAUUCCUUUCAUCUCCCUGGGGAAGAUGCACAGCCCCGUGACUUUGGUUUCUUUGCUUGCACUGGGAAUAUCGUUAGCUCAAAAAGCAUCACGGUUUCCUCAGUUCACCCUCAGCAGUGUGUCAUUCUCUGAUACCACUCUCCUGGCUCUGGAUAUUGUGCUCUCAAGAACAUCUUCUAAUGGUUCCUCAAGCAGGCAGCUUGGGAUGAGCCGGGCUGACGAGAAGCAUCACUUCAGCAUUAAUUUUCUCUAUGCACUUAAGUAUGUUGUGAAAGUGUUGUUCUUCCAGGGGACUUUCCUUUGGAGAGAUGAUGAUACUGUCUUGCUGGAACUUGAGAUGAGUUAUCCCCACCUCUGUUUACAGCUGCUUGUGUUUCACGGCCUCACCCAUGGGUUCAUUUAUCUCCCUGGGGACCGUGAGCACAACAAGCACCUGAGGAAAUGGUUGGGACUGUGUCUGUGAUUACAUUCGUGUUUCAGUAUUUGUAGAAUAGGACCUUAACUUGUAAAGCCUUUGCUUAAAGCACAGAAUCAGCUUAGGCAGCAUAACAUGAUGCUCAUACGUGCCUUUGGGGUGCUUCGACCUGCUGGUAAUGGCCACAGCCUUGUAUAUAGAAACGUAUGGAAACUUCUUCUGAGAAUGUAAAUACUCUUAACUGAAUUGAUUCUUACCCUCUGCCGUUGUUUUUGGUUUGGUUUUGUUUUAUAGAAAAAUGCUCAUUGUUUGUAAAAUUCUGAAUAAAAUCAUAUCUGGGAUUCGCAUUCA